GACAGACAGACAAACAGAGAAACAGACAGACAGAAAGAUAGACAGAUAGGCAGACAAAAAUAAAGACAAACAGACAGACAGACAGCCAAAAACAAAAGACUGAGAGUGUGGGAGACGAACAUACAGACAUACAAACAUACAGACAGACAAACAGACAGACAGACAGACAGACAGACAGACAGACAGACAGACAGACAGACAGACAGACAGACAGACAGACAGACAGACAGACUGACUGACAGACAGACAUAUAGACAGACAGACAAAGGACAUAAAGAGACAGACAGACAGACAGGCAGACAAACAUACAGACAUUAACAAACAGACAGACAGACAGACAGAUAGACAGAUAGACAAAUAAACAAACAGAUAGACAAACAUACAGGCAGAGAGUGGAGGAGGGAGGGAGGAGCUGAAGUACAUUAUUUUCAUGCACUUUGGAGAUGAGGAGAGAAGGGAGAGUGAGAAAGCAGCAUGAAAACGUUUAACUGACUAUUACUCAUUUCAUAAAGUACAAGUGACACUUUUUGCUUUCACCCCGAGGACCACGAGCGUGACUGGACGCGCCUUCCUCUGGUCACUGGCACUCUCCCUCACUCACUCUACCUUCGUCCGCCCCUGAAGCGAGAGGUGUUUCCGAAGCGCUCUUCCCAACGUGACUGGUACUAAUCAGAGUAACGGAGGACGAAUGCUGGAAAGACUAACACUGACGGAGUGAAGGGGAAAGUGUACGUCAUCUAUUAGCCGUUCAGUGACAAGGCUCCAGAAGAACCCUCCAGCAACAAUACAUGUAUAGAAAGGUUGCACAGUUGCUCUGAAGGUUGCGAGAUUAAUUCUGGCUCACGGCCGCUUGUCAAUGGAAAAGGUAGCAUUCUCUUGUAACCCUAUUCGGAGGCAUUCCUUUACGUCACCAUAACUUAAAUAAAUUAGUAUUCACUAUUGAAACUGCAUAAACUGACAAUUAUUAAGUGAUGAUUCCCUUGAAGAGCCUCGAAAACAUAAUUAAUGACACCAUGACAGCGACUGAAGCGGACACAAUAUUGCCUUUAGCCCAAGAAGUGUAUCCAGCGACCAGUGUCAAUGACCAAAACCCCAUGAGGACGGCAAGGAUCGAUACCUCAACCCUUAUAUCACUCUUGUCAAAAUUAGAUAUCAUGGCGCUAGGAAAAGCGAUAUUGUUAACUGCCAUGUUCGUGCUGGCGUUCAAGUUGGCGUGGCUUUUGUCCAAGCCCAAAUACUACCGCAGAAAGAGGUUCUCGGUGACGCCGUGGCUUGCCGAGGUGUUGCCUGCCUCCUGGGACGAUCCUGACCACAGCUCUCCACUUUUCAGAUCUGAGGAUGCCUUGGGGCUCGUCCUGCGCUCCCUCUCCCAGGCCGCCGCCCGCUACGGCACCAGGAGGGAGGAGGGAAAGGAGCAGGCACCCUUAACAUCCACGUGGAGUGUCGCUGACUCAUCAUGACUCAGAGUAUAUCAAAGAUGACUCUUCAGUAACUGUUGAUGCAGUGAUGGUGUGCGAGGCGGUGUGUGUGCAAUGGUAAGAGUUUGGAGAUUAGUCGUACACUUUCAUGAGUGUGGAUGCAACUAGUAUGGUUAAAAAAGAUAAGUAAUUAGUUAAUAAGUAAUAAAAGUCGAUUCCGCAGUAAAUGUAGAUUUAUGAUGGUAAACAAUGAUAGUAAACUGUUAUAGUAAUGGACUAGUUAUUUAAUUAAAAAAAAAAUGUAUAAUAAAAAUGGACUCUAUUAAAAGUACAAAACUGUAUUCGCAAUUUCAUCAAAUAUAUUUAAGCAAAAAAAAAAAAAGUUAUGAAAAGAAGAUGAUUCACUAAUUCUUAUCCCUUCCUAGAAACACACACACACACACACACGCACACACACACACACACCCACGCACACACACACACACACACACACACACACACACACACACACACACACACACACACACACACACACACACACACACACCUGAGCGCGCCCCGACGUGCCGCGCCCGCCGUGCGUCCUAGGAACAGCACUACCUGAAUGGGACGUCACGUAGAGGCGCUCGUGUGACACAAUCGAGUUAGCAAGGGGCUGCUUCUCCGCUAAAUGGUUCCUCAGCACAAAGGCGGGAAAAGCGAGUAGGAAACGAGGCACAUGCCAAG